CUCUAUCCCGGCCUCCCCCCACGCCGGGCCCGGUGCACGCGACACCCAGAACAACAGCAGCACAGUAAUACAACAAUACACCCGCAUAUCUGCGCGCGCGUGCGCAACCGCAGAGAUCGCCAUGUCCCGGAACUCACGGGGCCCGAACCAACGACAACAAGGGGGCAAUGUCGGCUCGCAGACCCAGGUGUUACCCCACGCCGAGGCAUCCUCAAGUUCAGCGACACAGCCAGCACCGGCAAUCCUACGUUUAACAGGUGCCCAUGCGCCUUCUACAAACCACGUCCAAUGGGCCGACAAUGUCGUCGAUAACGAGGGGCUAGGACGCAAAAGCUCAAAAGUAUGCUGCAUCUACCAUGCCCCGAAAACCGUAGGCGAGUCUUCUGACGAGUCCUCGUCUGAUUCCUCGUCCUCCUCGGGUGCGGACUCGGAUUCGGAUUCUGGCGACCCGUACGACGCGCGAGAGCGGGCGAUUGCGCAGCGCCGGGCGAGGCAGCAGCGAGAGAGGCAGGACCGACACGCACCAGAUGAUGCGCAUGGACACGAUCACACUCAUUCAGAACACAACGGCAGAGGCGCGCGAGAUUGCAAACGAAAGCACGCUCGCCGGCCGAGCCCUAAUGCAUACGAGAAGCAACCACGGCCGAAGCGACAGGAUGAUGGAAGCGGUGGACCGUCUGGCUCCGGUCAGAGUUCGAAUCGCGUUUUAUGAAGCGUUGAAUUCCCCAUCGAAACCAAUACCACUAGAUUUGUUACGGUGACCGCAACUUGCACACCGCUAUUUAGAAGAGCAGGCUUUAGAAAGAGUCUUAUUUGGAUAGCCUAGCUCUUCAUCUCCCUACUACCUACCUACCUCCCUUUGCACACGGCGU